AUGGAUGAGCUGGUGGGGCUGCGUGAGGGCUCCUCGGGGAACCCCGUGGCUCUGCAGGAGCUCUGGGGCCCGUGUCCCCGCCUGCGCCGGGGCAUCCGAGGUGGCCUGGAGUGGCUGAAGCAGAAGCUGUUCCGUGUGGGUGAGGACUGGUGCUUCCUGCUGGUCCUAGGGGUGCUCAUGGCGCUCAUCAGCUAUGCAAUGGAUCUUGCUGUUGGGAGUGUGGUGCGAGCGCACAAGUGGCUAUACCGGGAGAUUGGGGACAGCCACCUGCUCCGCUACCUCUCCUGGGCCGUGUACCCGGUGGCCCUGGUCUCCUUCUCCUCCGGGUUCUCCCAGAGCAUCACGCCCUUCUCAGGAGGUUCAGGAAUCCCAGAGGUGAAGACCAUCUUGUCAGGGGUGAUCCUGGAGGACUACCUGGACAUCAAGAACUUUGGGGCCAAGGUGGUCGGCCUCUCCUGCACCCUGGCCACGGGCAGCACCAUCUUCCUAGGGAAAGUGGGCCCCUUCGUGCACCUGAGCGUGAUGAUCGCCGCCUACCUUGGGCGCCUGCGCACCAAGACUCUCGGGGAGGCAGAGAACAAGAGCAAGCAACAUGAGAUGCUGGUGGCGGGGGCGGCGGUGGGCGUGGCCACGGUGUUUGCAGCCCCCUUCAGCGGCGUCCUGUUUAGCAUCGAGGUCAUGUCUUCCCAUUUUACUGUCUGGGAUUACUGGAGGGGCUUCUUUGCCGCCACCUGCGGGGCCUUCAUGUUCCGCCUCCUGGCCGUCUUCAACAGCGAGCAGGAGACCAUCACCUCCCUCUACAAGACCAGCUUCCGGGUGGACGUCCCCUUCGACCUGCCCGAGAUCUUCUUUUUCGUGGUGCUGGGGGCCAUCUGUGGCAUGGCAAGCUGUGCCUACCUCUUCUGCCAGCGCACCUUCCUGGCCUUCAUCAGGACCAACCGGGUCAUCUCCAAGCUGCUGGCCACCAGCAAGCCCCUGUACUCAGCUCUGGCAGCUCUGCUCUUGGCCUCCCUCACCUACCCUCCUGGCGUGGGUCGCUUCAUGGCUUCUCGGCUCUCCAUGAAGGAACAUCUGGACUCACUCUUCGAUAACCGCUCCUGGGCGCUGCUGACCCGCAACGCGUCCCCACCCUGGCCCAAGGAACUUGACCCCCAGAACCUGUGGCUCGAAUGGUACCACCCACACUUCACCAUCUUCGGGACCCUCGCCUUCUUCCUAGUGAUGAAGUUCUGGAUGCUGAUCCUGGCUACCACCAUCCCCAUGCCCGCUGGCUACUUCCUGCCCAUCUUCAUUUAUGGAGCGGCUAUCGGACGUCUCUUGGGCGAGGCCCUCUCUCUCGCCUUCCCUGAGGGCAUCGUGGCUGGGGGCAUCACCAACCCCAUCAUGCCUGGUGGCUAUGCCCUGGCAGGGGCGGCAGCCUUCUCGGGGGCAGUGACCCACUCCAUCUCCACAGCGCUGCUGGCCUUCGAGCUGACCGGGCAGAUUGUGCAUGCCCUGCCCGUGCUCAUGGCGGUGCUGGUGGCCAAUGCCAUCGCCCAGAGCUGCCAGCCCUCCUUCUACGAUGGCACCAUCAUUGUAAAGAAACUGCCUUACCUGCCAUGGAUCCGGGGUCGCCCCAUCGGCUCGCACCGCGUGACCGUGGAGAACUUCAUGAACCACACCAUCACCACACUGGCCAGGGACGCACCGCUGGAGCAGGUGGUCAAGGUUGUGACCUCCACGGAUGUGGCCGAGUACCCUGUGGUGGAGAGCAGAGAGUCCCAGAUCCUGGUGGGCACCGUGCGAAGGGCCCAGUUGGUGCAAGCCCUCCAGGCCGAGCCGCCUGCCUGGGCUUCAGGACAACAGCACUAUCUCCAGGACAUGUUGGUUGGAGGUUGCUCCCUGGAGCCAGUGACCCUGAUGUUGUUCCCUGAGACCUCACUUCACCAGGCACACAAUCUCUUUGAACUGUUGAACCUUCAGUCGCUCUUCGUGACGUCCAAGGGCAGAGCUGUGGGCUUCGUGACCUGGGUGGAGUUGGAGAAAGCCAUCUCUGCCCUGACCAACCCUCCAGCCGCCAAGUGA